UUGUUAUAUAUCAUCAAACUUAACGAUCCAAUCAAAAAUCCAUUCAUCAUCUGGUUUACACAUCAUCAUCUUCUUCUUCCUCUCGCCCCACCUCUGAAAGCGAAACCCUAUUUUUCAUUUUUUUCAUAAAAUCCGAAGAAAAAAAAAAACCCUAAAUACUGUCAGCGCUACUUCCCCAAACCCAAAAUCCGACGUAUUAGCCUUUUUAUUUUUUCUGAAGUCUCUUCUCUGGUUCGGCUGUGAUGGGUGCGAGCCGGAAAUUACAAGGCGAGAUAGAUCGGGUGCUUAAGAAGGUUCAAGAAGGUGUCGAUGUUUUCGACAGCAUCUGGAACAAGUGGAAUGUAUAUGAUACAGACAAUGUCAACCAAAAGGAAAAGUUUGAAGCGGACUUGAAGAAGGAAAUCAAGAAGUUGCAGCGCUACAGAGACCAGAUCAAGACUUGGAUUCAGUCUAGUGAGAUCAAAGAUAAAAAAGUCAGUGCGUCAUAUGAGCAAUCCCUGGUUGACGCUCGGAAGCUUAUUGAGAAAGAGAUGGAGAGGUUUAAAAUUUGUGAGAAAGAGACUAAGACAAAAGCCUUCUCUAAGGAAGGACUGGGUCAGCAACCUAAAACUGAUCCAAAAGAAAAAGCAAAGUCAGAGACAAGGGAUUGGUUGAACAAUGUGUCUGUUCUCGUGGUGAAUCAUGUCAUUUGGCUUGUUUUCCUCUUUCAGACUCAUCUUGAGACAUCUAUUACAAGGCACAAGGAUCACAUAAUAAAGUUGGAACUGAUCUUGAGGCUUCUGGACAAUGAUGAAUUAAGUCCAGAACAAGUAAAUGACGUCAAAGAUUUUCUGGACGAUUAUGUGGAACGAAAUCAGGAUGAUUUUGACGAAUUCAGUGAUGUCGAUGAGCUCUAUAGCACAUUGCCACUAGAUGAGGUGGAGGGUCUUGAAGAUCUAGUUACUGCUGGCCCCCUUGUAAAGGGUACUCCUUUGAGCAUGAAGAGUUCUUUGGCAGCAACAGCAUCUCAAGUUCGGAGCAUAAGUUUGCCAACUCAUCAUCAGAGUACUUCUCAAGAUAAAACAGAGGAUACGUCUUUACCAGAUAGCAACGCUGAGACGGUUCCGAGAACCCCUCCCCCAAAGAAUGGCGCAGGCCUUCACUCAGCACCAUCAACACCUGCUGGGGGACGUCCAAGUUUGAACGUGCCUCCUAGUAAUGUUCCAAAUGCAUCAGUUCCCUUGUCAACUUCUAUUCCUGCUCAAAUUUCCACAGAAAGCAUGGGAAGUUUGUCUCCUGUGGCUGCCAAGGAAGAAGACGCAGCAACCUUGCUUUCUCGUAAACCACCCUCAUCUGUUGCUGAUGCUACAUUAAGGGGCAUUGGGAGAGUUAGUAUCCCCAACCAGCCCCAACCAAGCCAGCCUCCGUCUCCAAUUCCAGCUAACGGGUCUCGCAUUAGUGCAACUUCAGCUGCUGAGGUUGCAAAGAGAAAUAUAAUGGGAGUUGAGAGCAACAUCCAACCUCUAACUUCUCCACUGAGCAAAAUGGUAUUGCCACCAACUGUGAAGGUUAAUGAGGGAACUGUCUCUGAUAGUAACCCUGGUGAUGUUGCGGCUAGUAUUGGUAGAGCUUUUUCACCAUCUAUUGUAUCUGGUUCGCAGUGGAGGCCUGGUAGUCCCUUUCAGAAUCAGAAUGAAACGGUCCGUGGGAGAACUGAAAUAGCACCCGAUCAAAGAGAGAAAUUUUUACAGAGGUUACAGCAAGUACAGCAAGGCCAUGGUAACCUCUUAGGCAUGCCUUCUCUAUCUGGAGGAAACGAGAAGCAGUUUUCUUCACAACAGCAAAAUCCUCUCUUACAGCAGAGCUCUGCCAUCUCUCCUCAUGGAAGCUUGGGAAACGGAGUUCAGGCACCAGGUUUUAAUGUCAUGAACUCUGCCUCCUUACAGCAGCAGUCAAAUGUAAUGACUCAACAAUUGGGUCACCAGUCUUCUGUUGCAGAUGUAGACCAUCCAAGAAAUGAUGAUCAACCGCAGCAAAACUUACCUGAUGAUGCAACUUCCAUAACAGCAUCAAAAACAAUUCCAAAUGAGGAUGAUUCUAAAGUCCUAUUUGAUACCCCGUCGGGAAUGCCCAGCUACAUGUUGGAUCCAGUACAGGUAUCUAGCGGUCCCGAUUUCUCUCCUGGACAACCCAUACAACCGGGUCAAUCUUCAAGUAGCCUUGGGGUCAUUGGUCGGAGGAGUAACUCUGAAUUAGGAGCCAUUGGUGACCCUUCAGCUUUAGGGCCAAUGCAUGAUCAAAUGCACAAUCUCCAUAUGCUUGAAGCUGCUUUCCAUAAACGUCCUCAACCCGCAGAUUCAGAACGUCCUAGACCCUAUACUCCGAGGAACCCAGCAAUCACACCUUCAACAUUUCCCCAAACACAAGCACCAAUCAUAAACAACCCUGUGCUCUGGGAACGUUUAGGCAGCGACGCUUAUGGGACGGAUACUUUGUUCUUUGCGUUUUACUAUCAGCAGAACUCAUAUCAGCAAUAUCUAGCUGCAAAAGAGCUGAAGAAACAGUCGUGGAGAUACCACAGAAAGUUCAACACUUGGUUUCAGAGACAUAAAGAGCCAAAGAUUGCAACCGAUGAGUAUGAACAAGGAGCUUAUGUUUAUUUCGAUUUCCAAACCCCCAAAGAUGAGAAUCAAGAGGGAGGAUGGUGUCAGAGGAUCAAAAACGAGUUCACGUUUGAAUACAGUUAUCUUGAAGAUGAACUCGCCGUAUAGAAUAGAGAAUAUGUAUGUUAUAUACUCUUGAGCGAAGUGCUGUUUCCUGCCUCACUAUUUGUAGUCUUCUUUGCAAUAAAUUACUACAGUAAUUACUUUUAGUUUCAAAGUUUGAAUUCUUCGUUGAUGGCUCUCAACUAAAACCAGAGUCUCUUCGCAGAUUCCUAAAAGCCGAAUAUUUCAACGAAAAUUAGUAAAAAUAAUCGUUAAUCUAGCA